CGCUAUCCAGUGGAUAGUGUUAUCCAGCCUUCGAACAACCAGCACUUGGAUGGGAUCCAGGUCCAUAUCUAAGGUUACCUCCUAGUUCCACCCGAUAAAUCGUUAUCCAGUGGAUAAGUGUUAACAAAACAAACCACAUUAUCUGCUGAAUAGUGAUUUGUCUAGUGGAUAGCAUUCUCCAUCUUUUGGCCAACCCGAGCCAGGGGGAGAAACAGUACUCCUACAGCUACUUAGUGCUGCAGAAAAUGGAGUUCUGGUAUUGGCACCAGUGAGUCAUCUGACUGUUUUGAUCCCCUGGAUUGUUACACUGUUUACCAUUUUACCACUGGCACAACAUUUGUAACAAAUGUCUUUUGAAAGAAUGGCUCCUGUAAGAAAUUUGCGACUAAGCAAAACUGUGAGUUAAAUACACUAUGUUGUGCCCAUGUAUGCCUAUUUGCUGUGAAAUAAGGUUAACUGAAAGCAACUCAGACGUGCUCCUACGCACGAAGGAGGUUUAAUACUAAGACAAAUGGAUUAAAGUAUUGUUGAAAAUGGAAAAUAUUUACUUGGGUCAAUGAGUCUUAAAAUCUUUGACAUCGAGCUUUUAAGAUGAUGGAUUCCUUUUAGAACUUUGUACAAUUCUUUUCAAUACCAAACAUAUUCGUGCUUUUGAGAUACUUAUGUGGUAUUGACGGCUCUCUUCAUGACUGGAUAUUGAUUGACAAGUUUGUGAAUAUCAUACUGAAAUCAAAUGAACCAAAUACCACAGGUAUUUUUAGGUUAGCUUUUUUUUGUUGCUUUCAUUCUUUGAAUAUUGUUUUUUCUUAGCUGAGCGUUUUGCAGCUUAAUUUCGUUUCUAAAUUUGUGCUAGUGGGACAUCAUUGCAGGGGUUUCAUAAAUUAAUGUUUUUAGUCUGAGGGCAACUGCUUUUUACAGGCUGGCUAAACCUUUUGAACUGAACUUCUUUAUAAGAAAAGCUUUCCUCUAGAUGGCCAAACCAGGUGGACAAAAUCAUCCUCACAACUGGUACCUGGCCCUUAAUGAAACCCCUGUUAUUGGACUUGUUUUAAUCCAUGCUGUUUGAAAUUGUGGAUGAAGUACUGUGCACCUUUACAGCAUUACAGGAAAAUUUGGGUAUGGAUCAAUAUGACAUUCAGUAUGCCUUUGGUGACUCAAGAAAACCAUCAACAGAUUCAGCCUCCCUGAUUGAAGAAAUUGUCCACUCACAGAUGGCUAGCAUGGUUGUACGAGCUGCAGACAUAACAAAUAUGAGAGGUGGAAGGUUCAUGAGUGUCGAGGAUAUCAUCUUUUUAAUGAGGAAAGACAAAGAAAAACUCAAGAGGCUGAUCAAAUAUCUCAACUUCAAGGAAAUCAAGAAUAAAACCCAGAAACAAACCUCACAAGAAGAUGAUGAAGUCUUAGAAGCUACUGUGAGUGAUGUUAAAGGUAACAAGAGACGAAAGAUUUCCUAUGACUUUGUCAGCACAAUAGAUCAGACAGGCGAUCUUGUGGCUUUGUUUGAUGACGAUGAUAUUGAUGAAGUGAAGCAAGAACGAAAUGAGAGAGCAGACCGUUUCUCACGAACUCUUGAUCCUCAACAGUACCUGGAAUUUACCGAGUGUCGACAGGUCAACUUCAAUAAGAAAGCUGGAAAGUUCAAAGAAUGGCUAGAUUGUGCGUCGCUUAUUGACAUGAAACCAAACACACCUGUGAUGGAUGUCUUCAGCUACCUUGCUUAUGAGACAGUUGGACAGAUAGUGGACUUGGCAUUACUGGUGAAGAAAGAUUUGGAGGAAGGUGAUGUGUUGAGUCAAGCCAUGCCACCUGUGUCUAUUCUAUCAGAAAGUCAAUCAUCAGUCAUCACACCAGGAAGUGCAACGUCCACCCCUUCCACCCCUAACCACACCCCACCCGGUACCCCCACCACGCCCACUACCCCAUUCCUGCCAAGUCCUACCCCAAGUGGAUCCAGUACUACUGGGAUUUCAUCCAAUACACAGAGUUCAUCUUUACCAUCAAAACCAAAGAGCAAAAAAAGGAAACUUAAGGGAUCAGGUGCAAGCCUGUCAUACAGUAGUGGUGAUUGCAUUCAACCUCAACACAUCAGAGAAGCCAUCAGGAGAUAUAAUCAUUUCAUAGGACCCAUGGCCCCAUUCUCAGCACAUGCGAGACCAUCACCUGGUUACAGAACAUUAUGCUGUUAGCUAUAGACAACACCUUACUUGGUGGCUAGACAAUUGAAUUCUACAAACAGAACAAAUCAGGAAGCUCAAUGUGUACAGUUGUAAUUUUAUGUUUGAAAGAAGAUUAAGGCUCAGUUUUGGUAAAAGAGAGUUGAAUACAAAUGUGAAGGGAAGUUCAUUAAACGUUGAUAAACACAGUUUUAGACAACUGUUUAAUUUUUGAAAAUAUAGACCUUCUACAUUGUAACUAGACAAAUUAGAAAAAGAACUAUAUGGAUUGCAAAGGUUCUUUAAAGAAACUGUUGUACUGCAUCAGCAGGUGAGUGAAUAGACUUUAUAGCAGCUAAUCUGUUGUAUAUAAAUGUCUAAGUUGCUAAUAAACAGAGAAGAAUCAACCAAAA